AUGGGUUCGAUCUCCCAUUUGCCUGCGUACGGACAUAGGUUGCUUCCCGUUGUAAUCGACGAGAUUGCACGGGACGAGCCUGACCGUGUGCUGUUCUACACUCCGCGCAACGGCCAACCUUCGCAAGGAUAUGAUGAAGUCACAACUAAGUUCUUUGCCAACUCCAUCAACCGGCUCUGCGGAUGGCUUGACUCUCAGCUUGGAUCGCCGUCGAGCUCUAAAACUAUUGCGUACAUUGGUCAAAAUGACCUGAGAUACUUUAUCAUGAUGAUUGCUUCCACUAAGCUAGGACAUAGAUCUGGUUGUGAAUUCUGGAUCGCUUCAUCCGGCUUAGACCAUCAUGAGUUCCUGCAAGAUCUCCAGAUCCCCAGUGUUGAAGCGCCCGAGCUAUCUCAACUGCUUGAUCCAACACCUGUCAAGCCCUAUGUCUACCAGAAAACAUGGAACGAGGGAAAGUCCGACAUUCUCGCACUACUUCACACUUCAGGUUCCACCGGGCUUCCCAAACUAGUGCCAGUGUAUCUUGAGACUGCUGCUACUGUCGAUGGAUUCCACUUGAUGGAGCCUACGAAUGGAAAGAGGCCGACUGGUGUUGAGUGGACUGGCACUAGGCAGCUGUGUGCUAUGCCUCUUUUUCACGUUGCCGGAAUCUGCCUUGGUCUAUACUCAGCCGUCUUCUUCAACUGGACCGUUGUCCUACCCUCUGUCGGACCAAUCAUGCAACACGUUAUAGAGGAUGCUCUGGAUCAUAUCUCACUUGACUCAGCCUUCAUAUCGCCUAGCGUUCUUCAAGACAUCUCCAAAUCGCCUCGUGUACUUGAGAAGCUCUCAAAACUCAAGUUCAUCACGUCAGCCGGAGGUCCUAUUCCUCAGUCAGUCGGCGACUUGAUUCACCCACGCGUACCGAUCAUGCAGACCAUGGGUAUGACUGAGGGCCAGUGGCUUGCAUCUGUUGUCACUCACCCUGCUGAGUGGGCUUACUACUACUUCCAUCCACGAACAGGUGUCGAAAUGCGCCCUUACUCUGAAGACCUGUCUGAGUUGGUGUUUGUUCAGAACCCCAAGCUUUCUGCAACCCAGCCUGUCUUCAAGACGUUCCCUGAGCUUGAUAUCUGGGAGACGAAAGACUUGUACUCACAACACCCGAAGCAUCCUGAUCUCUGGAAGUAUGAGAUGCGACGUGAUGAUCUGAUCAUUCUCUCCAACGGAGAGAAGUUCAAUCCUCUUGCUGCUGAAGGAAAGCUUAUCAGCCAUCCAUGGAUUGCUGCCGCUUACCUCACUGGCCGUGGCCGUUUCCAAACUGCUGCCCUCCUUUAUCCUGACGAGAAGAGCCUCGACAAGUCAGACGACAUCAUCAUUGACAACGUCUGGCCAACUUUUGAGGAAGUGAACAAGUCCCUGCCAGCAUUUGCCCAGAUUCAUCGUGACUUUGUCAAGAUUGUUCGAACCCCCUUUCCUCGCACUCCAAAGGGAACCCUCGCUCGCAAUGAGACAGAGAAAGCAUUCACUGCCGACAUAAACGCUAUCUACGAUAGGUCUACCCACGGUAAGCCCUCUGUUCACAUCAACGGGGCAACUGAGGAUGUUGUGCGCUCCGGGAUCCGGGAGGCAAUUGAGACCGUGUCUGGCUUGGUUGAUCUCAAGGAUGAUGACAACAUCUUCACCAGGGGCUUCGACUCACUUCAUGUCAUCCGACUAGCUGGGCUUCUUAGUUCUGCCUUUGAACAGCCUCUCGAGGUAGAAGCGGGCACUAUAUAUACAAACCCAACCAUUUCUCAGCUCGCCCAUUCUGUUUGGUCUCAGCUUGAACAUGGGCCUCAGAACAAGAUCCAUCACAGCGAACUCACUCGGGGCAUGCUUGCCAAAUACUCUCAGGCUUUCGAACCACCUCGCGAGGCGAAAGAGCACAUUGUUCUCACGGGUACAACUGGAGAGAUUGGCUCGUAUCUACUUGAUGUCCUUUCCAACAACGACAAGGUUGUCAAGGUUUGGUGCUUGAACCGCAGCGCCGAUGCCUUCCAGCGUCAAGUGGACUCGGCCAAGUCCAAAGGCCUUUCAUCUAACUGGCAAAGCAAGGCCAAGUUUGUUCGCUACGAUGUCGCGUCAGAAAACCUCGGCUUGAGUCAGGCUGACCUUGAAGAGAUCAAGAAUGAAGCCACCGCCAUUAUACAUAACGCUUGGGAGGUCAACUUCAACCUUCCCCUCUCCUCCUUCGAGCCUCAGUUCAUCGGCCUCAAGAGUCUCGUCGAUGUCUGCCGAGAGGCUCGUCACAAGAUCCGCUUCUUCUUUGUCUCAUCUAUCAGCGCUGCCAUGAACUGGCCGUCCGACCUUUUGGGCCCUGUACCAGAAGCAAGCAUUCCCAGAUUUGACGCCCCGAUCAAUGGGUAUGGAUCAUCUAAGCUUGUAGCUGAGCACCUGCUUAGCAAGGCUGCGAGAUCUGGUGUUUUGAGUCUUUCGGUUCUACGAGUUGGACAAGUGGCUGGUCCGGUCAAAACGCUCGGCGAGGGUAGCGUUUGGACUCGACGAGAUUGGGUUCCAGCUAUUAUUGAUGCUUCAGCUCAUCUGCGAGCUCUACCAUUAGACCUUGGGUCUGCAAGCAUUUUGGACUGGAUCCCGAUUGAUCUCUUAACAGAAGUCAUUGGACAGCUCGUCGUCCCCGUGAACCCAGUCGUAGGACAAGAGAAUUACUACAACCUGCUCAAUCCCCGAACACCCAGCUGGAUAGACACUUUACCUGGUCUCAAAGCUCAUCUAGAGGCUUCUUUCUCAGAGACCUUUGAGAUCGUGCCGCUACAAGAAUGGAUCAGCCGUUUGCGAGGAGCUGAGAAGGCCAUCGUGAAGAAGGUCAGUGAAGGAUCAUCCGAGACUGCUAGGAGAGCACAAAGUGGUCUCAAGUUGUUGGCUUUCUUCGAGAUGCUAUCCUCUGGGAAAGAGGGAUCAGAGGCCGCAUCUCGGGGUCUUGAAUGGGCUAAGGCAAACACGUUGGCGCAGAGUUCUAUCUUGGCUUGCAUGGAGCCUGUAUCAUCAGCUUGGUUUGACACUUGGUUGAAACAAUGGGGAUAUUGA